AUGCUACAGCUUCUCAUCAAUGAGGUGCAGAUGGCGACAGAUAGCAUAGAGAUGCGACACAGGAAAAAAUAUCUUCUUCUUGGUGGGGUCCCAGAAAAACCCAAUGAAGAUGUCCCUCAUGUGAUUCUAUCCAUCCUCAAUAAAAAUCUUGGCUUCAAGGAUGUCACAUCAUCCUCACUGUUGUCAGCUCAUAGACUGGGAUUGGAAUCUAAAGACCAUAUCCGUCCCAUACUAUUUAGAUUCACUGAUGUUGCUCUCCGUGGGCAGGUUUGGAAGAAGAAGACAUCACUCAAGGGCACUCCUUAUGUUAUGUCUGAAUUUUUAACCAAGCUCAGGCAAUCACUGUUCCUUGAGACUCGCAAACACUUUGGAAUGAGGUCAGUUUGGACUUCUGAUGGAAGUGUAUAUGUGAAGUUGAAUAAUGGGAGCCGUGCACGUAUACAAUCCAAAAAAGAACUAGAACACUUGGUUGCUGAUCAAAUCAAGGACCCACCGGCUCCUUCAAACACUGGCUCAGAACAGGAAACAAGUGCUCAGACGCCUGCGAAGACUGCUCAUAUUCGUCCGAAACGUUUACGCCGC